GGGGACCAGGGUAGGAAUCAUAAUCAUCGUCGUCGGUCGUCAAACAGAUACAAAUAUACGAAUUGGCUGCGCGACUAAAACGAACCUAACUAACGUGUUUUAAUGUUUUAACUCUUAACGCUAACGCUGACGUAGAGAGCGGGUGUUCGGGCGAUUCGAUAUCGGUAUACGUUUUGGAUUUGGGAUUUUUCUGCCACUGCCAGUAUUUCUAUUCAAUUUAAAAUUGAGUCGGGGUGUUUGUUUGUUUGUUAUAGGGCGCCGCCAUUCGAAUGCGAGGAUAUAUAAACACUGUGAUCAGCUUAGAACUCUUCUGUGGUGAGAGACAAUUGAUCGUGCGCAGAACGUGAUACAAUUUUAUUAAAUUUUUAUAUUAAAGUUGGCGGACAAUUAAUUUUAUUUUAUAGUAGUUUAAUUAAAUAAAAAAAAAAUAUUAAUUAAAAGUGGGUGAACAAAAUUUGAAAAACAAAAAAUUGUUUGUCUUAUUUUUGAAACAGAAAAGUUUCGAAUUUAUUUUUAUUUGACAAUUUUAAGUGCCAUUUGAUUUUUUAACAUAAAAUUAUUGCAUUAAGGAUUCAUAUAAGCAAAUAUUAAGUUUUUGUGUUUGUUUAAAAAUAUUUUUGAACACAAAAUAUGGAUACUUUGGUAAAACAAUCACGAUGGGCAUUGAUUGCCAUUUUAAUUGGAUUAAGUUGCAGCAAACUUGUAAAAUCUACAACAGUGACGCAAAGGCGAUUCCCCAACGAUUUUCUAUGGGGUGUAGCUUCGUCUUCAUAUCAAAUUGAAGGAGCGUGGAAUGAAGAUGACAAAGGAGAAUCCAUUUGGGAUCAUAUGACACAUAAUUUUCCGGAAAAAAUUGCAGAUAAAUCGAAUGGUGAUACUACUUCCGAUAGCUAUCAUCAGUGGCGACAAGAUGUCCAAAUGGUACGUCAAUUAAAUGUUAACAUCUAUCGAUUUUCUAUCGCAUGGCCACGAAUCCUGCCAACGGGCUACAUGAAUCACAUCAGCAGCAAGGGUAUCAAAUAUUACAGUAAUUUAAUCGACGAACUUCUCAAAUACAACAUUACUCCAAUGGUAACAAUUUACCAUUGGGAAAUGCCACAACGACUUCAAGAAAUGGGCGGCUGGACUAACCCCGAGAUAAUUCCGGUUUUCAAGGAUUAUGCUAGAUUGUUGUUUGAAUUAUUUGGCGACCGUAUUAAGAUUUGGACAACAAUUAACGAACCAUGGCAUGUGUGUGAGCAUGGUUAUGGUGUAGACUAUAUGGCCCCCUCUUACGAUUACCCAGGAAUUCCAUCAUAUUUAUGCGGUCAUAAUUUAUUAAAAGCACAUGCAGAAGUUGUUCAUAUGUACCGCAAUGAUUAUCAAGCAAAGCAAAGAGGUAAAAUCGGUAUUACUUUAGAUACUUCAUGGCCAGAGGCCAAGACUAAUUCUGACGAAGAUAAAGAGGCCUCCGAGCGAGCAAUGCAGUUCUAUGUUGGUUGGUUUGGACAUCCAAUUUUCUCAAAACGUGGCAACUAUCCACAAAUUAUGAUUGAUCGUAUUAAUGGAAUGAGCAAGGAACAAGGAUUCACACGUUCACGUUUGCCAUCGUUUACAUUGGAAGAAAUCCAUUAUAUUCGUGGUACUUCAGAUUUCUUUGGCAUCAAUACAUAUACAACAAAUUUAGUAACUCCAAAUGGUCACAAUAAUACUGCAAAUUUUCGCAUACCAUCAUAUAAUCAUGAUAUGGGUGUUAUUGAAGAACAAGAUCCAGAAUGGCCAGGAUCUGGUUCACCAUGGUUAAAGGUUGUUCCAAUGGGAAUGUACAAACUGCUGAUGUGGAUCAAACGUGAAUACAACAAUCCACCGGUGAUAGUGACCGAGAAUGGAGUCAGCGAUAAGGGUGGCCUCGAGGACUAUGCCCGUGUGGAUUAUUACAAUUCCUAUCUAACAUCUGUUUUGGAUGCCAUAGAAGAGGGUGCCAACGUUAAGGGAUACAUUGCAUGGAGUCUCAUGGACAGCUAUGAAUGGAAAGCUGGCUUUUCUGAGAAAUUCGGACUUUACCAUGUUGACUUUAAUCAUCCAGAUAAAAUUAGAACUCCAAAGGUUUCCGCAAAGGUAUUUGCAAAAAUCUGUGAGACAAAUGUUAUUGACUGGCAUUAUCGGCCAGAAGUGGAUCCCAUAGUGAUAAUGAAUGCCAGGAGGACCGCCUCAGGAGCGAGUAUUAACUUUGCAUCUCUAAUGACAAUUCUGUUUGGUGUGAUUUUUGUUAAUCUUAUGAGGAGAUAAAGUAGUAUAUGGUUCGAGUAUUAGCUUAAGUGGAAACAAAUUAAUCAAAAAACAUCAAGUUUUAUGCAUAAUUUUUUGAACUUUUUUUGAAAAGAAAAAGUUUCAAAACAUAAUUUUUAAUAGUCAAAUUAAUAUUACAAACAAUAAAUUACCUCCGAGAACUGAAAUUGACGAAGAGGAGAUAAACAGAAGACCGAAUAGCCGAUUGAAUCUGGCCUAAUCUACUUAAAUGGAAAAAAUAAAAAAUAAACUAAUUUUAGUUAUAUGAGUUUUAUUAUAUAUAAAUUUUCAUAGUUUAAUUUUAUAUAUUUCAUUAAUUGAUGUAAUAGUUUUUUAAGGUGUAUAUGUGUAACGAAAGUAUAUAAGCUUUUUUUGUUGAUUUAUGUGAUUCUCAUCGAUUUUUUUUUUUAUAUAAUGUUUUUGUACGUAAGGAUUCAUAUAAAUGUGUUUUGUUUAUGUUGGAAAUUAUAUAAUACAAACAUACCUCGUUUUGUUAAUAGCUAACGUCCAUUAAUUAAAACAAAAUAAGAAAAAA